AUGGAAUCGCCCGAGCUUGCCCAAGAGCCAUUGAAGCAUCAGCGACUCGAAAAGAGUCGUAAAACUCGGAGUUGGGAUCGCGUGGUUGUAUAUGACCCCGAAAGUGGAAAUGUGAAUAUCUGCAAAGAACGAGACUUGAGGGGUGACAAACAGCACGCGCAACUCGAAAUCCCAAAAGGGCGGAAAGAGGUCUGCCUUUUUGUGGACGAGGCUGAGAAGUUGAAAACCGUGACGGAGAGGCCAGAGAGCAAGGAUAUUUUCCUUGCGAGACUGACGCUGUUGUCGUGUGCGAAAUUUGCUGGAUUCUUGGCAAUGCCAAGUAACCACUUUUCCCUCACAAAUCUCAUUAAGAUUCAGGUAACUGCACAUAUCGCUCUAUACACUCCACUGAAUGGGAGAAGGACGUUGUAUAAGUAG